CCGUCGCCCUCAAGACUCCCAUCAAGGUUUCAUCAGGUGAAUGCGCGUUCUUGUCUGCGAAACGGCCAGCGGAAAACGUCGUGUUUACCCGCCAUGGUCGCAUAGCCAUCUUGACUCGCGCUUUCCAUAGCGCGACACUCGGAUUGGCUUAGGUGCUUACUUGCUUCUGUGUUUGCCAGCUCCCUCCCUCGAUCUCUCCCUUCCCUGUAAAACAAGAUGGUCCGCGUAUCUGUCCUUAAUGACUGCCUUAACAACAUUGUGAACGCUGAGCGACGGGGCAAGCGCCAGGUGCUGAUUCGUCCUUCCUCGAAGGUCGUUGUCAAGUUCUUGAGUGUCAUGCAGCGCCAUGGCUACAUCGGUGAAUUCGAGAUCAUCGAUGACCACCGUUCGGGCAAGAUCGUUGUCCAGCUGAAUGGCCGGCUGAACAAGUGCGGUGUGAUCUCACCGCGCUUCAACAUCCAAGUUACCCAGAUUGAGUCAUGGGUCAACUUGCUGCUCCCUGCCCGUGGGUUCGGUAUCAUGGUCUUGACCACUUCUUCUGGUAUCCUUGACCACGAGGAGGCCAGGCGCAAGAACGUCGGUGGCAAGAUCUUGGGCUACUUCUACUAGAUGUAUUGCUUCUGUUGUCUUCGUCAUGUCUCAUGCUGUGAUCGUGUACUAGUACAGUAGUAUGCGAUGAUCAAAAUGCAUAGGCUCUGCUGCCUUUUUC